AUGUAUACGCAUGUCCAAGCAUGUGCAAGAGAGCUGGGCCGACACCGUUUACACUCGACAAAGUGUACUAUAGUGAGUGUUAUGAGUACGGACGGCACUGCACAACACAAACGUGGAGGAGGAGUGGCCGUGCCGUACCCGUACCGUACCGUACCGGCGGUCUCGCUACUUUGUACCAUGCCAUGUUCUGUACAUAUGCGUGUACAUGGGGAUUCGAGUUCUAGCGCAGGCCGGCAAGACCACCUACUUACAUACCUACACCAACCUACACACAUUCAUUAUACUAGUACACACGCAAGACACAUACCCCAACCUCGCCAGGAACGCACGCACUUCUUUUGGCUGGUACUCGUCCAGGGCGGCGCGUGGUGGGAGAAACGGCGGAGCAGUGUUACUUAUUAA